AUGUUUUCGACCUUGACCCUUACGGGUCACAACAUUCCGAACGCUAUAAUGCUCACAAGGGCAGAAGACUUACCUUCUCAUCAAUUUGACCAUCAUAAGGCUGUUUAUCAUAGUAAGCCGACGUGGCACCCUUCACGGCUUCCAGAAAACGCUGGGCAUCUGUCUCUUAAGCUAACGGAGCGUAUAUCGUGGGGUCGGUCUGCCGUUACCUACGCGGUGGAGGUGGUCUCUACGACUUCCCAGGAAUCUGGCGUCACUGUCUCAAACCUCCUUUCCCUUAAACAGGAGCUUUGUGUGAAAGUGGCACGGCCUAAUCGCUGCCGCACCCUCGCGCGGGAAGCGUGGGUUUACAACAAACUCAGAUGUCGUAAAUCAGGCCGAGAAGGGUGGUCAUACGAUCAGGUUCCCCAAGCCGAUAGACUUCAAGGCGUUAUUGCGCCUCAUUUCUACGGCUUCUUCGUUGCCGAUCAGGUAUCCUUUCCCCCAUGGACCAGCGAGGAUUUCCAGAUCGAUAGACGGCAGGCAACAGCCGAUGACAUGACACGCGACGACCCGCUCGACGAUGAUCUAUUGGGCAGUUCUGGAGGCAAGGACCACUCAAUCUGGAGAAACUGGCGCCCAGACCCGUUUAUACCGAUGCUGGCUGUUAUUGUUAUGUCUCGUGGGGGGGAGACCUGCAAAUAUGCAGAUGGUCUGGAUACGUCUACUCAGGAGGACAUCUUUGCGAUACUCAGCGAUUUAUCAUUGGCUUCCAUCGUGCAUGGCGAUUUGCGGCCCGCCAACAUUGUGCGUGCGCCAGCCAGUACGGUACUAUGCGAACGGCAUAAUCGCAUUCACAAGUGGAACGUCAUUGAUUUCUCAUCCGCUGUAAUUGAUGGCUAUGAUGUCGAGCAAGCGGAAAUCAAAGGCACCAGUCACUACAAAGCUAAGAAGGCUUUAUGUGGUCUGCAGGAAAUGAGCUUUGGAGAACAUAUAUGGUAUGCAUAG